AUGGACCCGAAUUCGAACCUGCGGAGCCCCAAGUCGACAUCAAUAAUCAAGGCUGAAGGAGGAAGCGGCUACCCUCACAAGCGCGCCAGGCACAACUCCCCUGAUAGUACGACUACUACAGGAAAUUUCUCUGGAAGUCCCAGAAGUGUUGAGGAGAUUGAGAUUCCGGUAAUUGCGACUGGAGGUAAGGGCAACAAAGAAGGUGGGAGCAAGGCUGGGCAGAGUAGCAGUUUCCGAAAUGUGAGCGCCUGCAAUAGGUGCCGGCUGAGGAAGAAUCGAUGCGACCAGCGCCUGCCAAGUUGCGCAAGCUGUGACAAGGCAAAUGUAAAGUGUGUAGGGUAUGAUCCUAUUACAAAGAGAGAGAUUCCUAGAAGUUAUGUCUUCUACCUCGAAACCAGGGUUGACUACCUAGAGAAGGUCCUCCAGGAUAACAAUAUCCAGUUCGCGCCUGCCGAAAUCCUCGACCACAGCUCGCGACCUGGUGCAGAUCCGAGUACAGUCCAAACACCUACUGAUGAGGGACCGCCACCUUACAAUGGCAACGAUCCCUCUAUCACGUCGCACAAACAGUCUCCGCAAGAAGUGGCAUGGAACAAGAAGCAAGAUGAGUCAGAAAAACUCAAUAAACUGGUUUCCAAUAUCGGUAGCGUGUCCGUACAAGGAGCAUCCGACUCGCGCUAUUUGGGUUCUACAUCAGGGAUCUCAUUUGCCCGAGUUGUAUUCGCCGCGGUGAAAUCUUCGGUUUCAGGCUCAAGUAGUGACAAGAGCGGUAUCAGACCCUCGCGGCCUCCCAUCGCAAGCAAAGCUACGGGUACAGGAGGCACCUCUAUGCGAGAUUCCUUCUUUGGCUUACACACUAAGCCAACUAUCAAGCAAGCUCCGUUCCCUAGCAAGGAUCUUGGACAGCGACUUGUGGAAUUCUACUUUGAGCAUGCAAAUCCGCAGAUUCCAAUCUUACACAGAGGGGAGUUCAUGAAGAUGUUUGAGUUAGCCUAUGCGGAUGGUGAUAAGCGAGUCCGAACUUCGAGGGAGUUGUAUAUGUGUAAUAUUGUGUUUGCUAUUGGCGCAGGUAUAUUCUUGGGGGACUCUGGAGACAAAGAGGAUAAAAGGGAAGAAAGGAAGAAGCCAGGUCUGGGGAAACAGUGCCAACCCGAGGAAUAUCAUGCUUCUGCGAUUGUGCAUUUGGAGUCUUGUCUCAGCUCAUCAGGAUCGGCCGAUAGAGUGGAUGGCUUUGGUGGAGGCUUGGAGGAGUUGCAAGCAGUCUUGUUGCUUGCUGGAUUUGCUCUUUUGAGACCAGUUGCUCCUGGGUUGUGGUAUAUUAUCGGAGUCGCUGUACGAUUAGCUGUGGAUCUGGGACUACAUUAUGAGGAUGGGAAGGAUAUAGAUGUCGGACUUGAUGAAGCCGCGGAGGACACCCAAAGUGAAAGCGACGUCAUGAAACUUCAACGAGACCGAAGCCUACGAGAGCGAGGUCGACGAGAAUGGAUCCGAGAUUUCAGGAGACGGUUGUGGUGGUGCACAUAUUCCUUUGAUCGACUAGUCUCGACUUGUGUUGGGCGACCUUUUGGGAUAACGGACCAGGUGAUUACAACUGAAUUUCCUUCUUUACUAGACGACAAAUACAUUACGCCGAAUGGGUUCCUGGAGCCUACUGGGGGUGCCUCCGAGCCAUCCUACAAGCAUGCCGCGUAUCACUAUUUUAGGCUGAGGUUAUUGCAAUCUGAAAUUCUGCAAGUUUUACAACACCAACAAGCACAGCAAGCUCGGGCUGGAGGUGCUAAUCAACGAAAUCCUUAUAUGCACACUGCACUCCCGUCUCCUUUCCUCUCGAAAUUUGAUAGCUUCCGGUCUUGGCGGAUUGAUAUCGACAAACGGUUAUGGGAAUGGAAGAGCUCAGCCCCAACGAAACGGGAGACGGGCGUUGCAUUCUCGGUCGAAUUCCUGGAGCUAAAUUAUUGGCAAUGCGUAAUCAUGCUCUAUCGCCAGAGUUUGAGCGUGCCAGCAUUGUUUGAAGGCGAAUUCAGCACUAGUGCAGAGGUGGAAAGCCCAACGAUGCAUAAUGUUGAGCUAAGGGAAGAUGAGGAACGCGUCUUCUUGAAGGUUGCGGAGGCUGGACAAAGAGUUUUAAGACUAUAUAGACAGUUGCAUCGGGUGCACCUGGUCAACUAUACUUUCUUGGCAACACAUCAUUUGUUCAUGGCAGGUAUAUCAUUUCUUUACGCUAUCUGGCACUCACCGAUCGUCAGAAGUCGACUGACAAUGGAUGAGGUCGACUUCACGAUACUGGCAGCAACUUCUGUUCUUGGUGAUCUUAUCGACAAGUGUCCUCCAGCAGAAGCUUGUAGGGACGCUUUUGAUCGAAUGUCCAAAGCCACAGUCCAGAUGUGUAUGUCCACCACAGGCUUCAGCUCCUCUGCUCAAGGUCUCAACUCUCGUCGUCGCUCCCAUAAUCAUAGUCAAACACCUGAAGGAAGUGACUACAUCAACGGCCCGAACGGGAAAUCCCAUUUACGGCGCCAAAGCCGUGGACCUCAAAACCCUCGACCUAAACCUCUAUUCGACAUGGGCCUCAAUGAUUUACUAGGCCCAUCACACAAUACCGAAAUAGUCCACAGGAUAUCAAAUCCGAGUUCGAACCCUACAACACAACCACCACUCCCCCCCUCCACGACAAAUGCAAUGCGCUCCACCACCACCCAAUCAAAUACCGCUCAAACGUCUAUCCCGUCCCCCUCCGACUACGCCAUCUCGCCACCCCUCUCCUCCCUCGACACAGCCGCCAUCGACCCCUCUCUUCUUCCGUCCCGAGCAUACGACCCCGCCACAGCACAAUACGCCGCCAACCCUUACCAAGAACUGCAGUUUCCCCUCCAAAACGCUCCUGGUAUGGACUUUCUGCAGGGUAAUGGGUGGGAAGCUCCACAAGGAGCGCAAAAUGGCAAUGCGUGGAGUGGGGAUCUGGGUAUGGGGUUGGGUUGGGAUGGUAUGGAUCAUGAUUUCAGUGAGGGCGGGAACGUAGAUUUGUUUGACGGGUUCUUUUUUGGCGGAACGGGGAAUUUUUGA